CACCGAAGAAGAAAACCCGAGUCUGUAUUCGGUUCGACUCGGUCAGAGGUCUGAAAAUGCGUGCUGCUAAACUAGCUUUUUACCACUUUUAUUUUCAGAUGUAAUAAACGACUCGAAGCUUCCGUCUAAAAACUCAUAACGUCGUAUGUGGACAGACCGUAAGAACAUAUUUUUUUUUUUUACCGAUUUGUAACAUCGCCUUAGUCACUAGAAAUACCGUUGUUAAAGGCUACAUAGGUAGCAUGGCUAACGUUAGCUAGCCGAUUAGCAACCCGUUAGCGAUACAGUGUCGAAUACAUUGACACGAAACUAGUCAAUAACGGGACAAGAAUAAUGUUAAUAAACUAAACGCGGGUUAAUUCCAUGGAUUUAACUGGGUAAAAAAUAGCUAAAUUGACCACUUGAAUCGUCGACUUUUGGUUGACAAGCCGUUUUAAGUUAGUGAGUUGUGUUUGCUAAGUUGCUAGGUUAGCCAGCCACAUCACAACAUAACCUCUUGACAGCCUGCCAGCAGCUAGUUACCGUUACCGUGAGGACGGUCACCGGCCCCCGGUCUCGCUUCUACAGACUGACAGUUAUGGAAGUUAAAUAACGAUAAAUAAACAACUCCAAAUUUAACUUGUUAAUUAUAUAUUUAAAACAAAAUGUCAGCCAGCGGUUUCUCCGACCUGCGGGAAAAGCUGAAGUCCAUGACUCCUCGGGACAAUUACAAAAACAGAGUUGCCGACAAGGACGAGAGUUUCAAAAACAGAAAAGUGAAAGUUACCGACGGAGGCAGUAGAAACGGGAACGGCCGGAAGCGGAAGCACCGAGAUUCCUCCGAGGAUGAGGUGGAACACAGCGACCCUGUGGAGUCCCGUGAUCAGGAGGCGAGGCGUGUCCAGAGUGGCAUUGUUCAGGUAGAGGUCUUCUCUAAAGAGGACUGUGAUGUCAUUGAGGGGAAGAUAAAUGAGGUGGUUGCUAACGGAGAAGCUGGGCUUUACCGGGAACACACUGUAGAUCGGGCUCCGCUACGGAACAAAUAUUUCUUUGGAGAGGGCUAUACAUACGGGGCCCAGCUAGAGAAGAUACUCUCCCUCUCUGUCUCUAAACCCCUCUCUUCCUCUCCCUCUCUCUCUCUAAACCCCUCUCUUCCUCUCUCUCUCACCCCGUCUCCUCUUCCAGGGCUAUACAUACGGGGCCCAGCUAGAGAAGAUACUCUCCCUCUCUGUCUCUAAACCCCUCUCUUCCUCUCUGUCUCUAAACCCCUCUCUUCCUCUCUCUCUGUCUCUAAACCCCUCUCUUCCUCUCUCUCUCACCCCGUCUCCUCUUCCAGGGCUAUACAUACGGGGCCCAGCUAGAGAAGAUACUCCCCCUCUCUGUCUCUAAACCCCUCUCUUCCUCUCCCUCUCUGUCUCUAAACCCCUCUCUUCCUCUCUCUCUCACCCCGUCUCCUCUUCCAGGGCUAUACAUACGGGGCCCAGCUAGAGAAGAUACUCUCUGUCUCUAAACCCCUCUCUUCCUCUCUCUCUCUAAACCCCUCUCUUCCUCUCUCUCUCACCCCGUCUCCUCUUCCAGGGCUAUACAUACGGGGCCCAGCUAGAGAAGAUACUCUCCCUCUCUGUCUCUAAACCCCUCUCUUCCUCUCUGUCUCUAAACCCCUCUCUUCCUCUCUGUCUCUAAACCCUUCUCUUCCUCUCUCUCUCACCCCGUCUCCUCUUCCAGGGCUAUACAUACGGGGCCCAGCUAGAGAAGAUACUCUUCCUCUCUGUCUCUAAACCCCUCUCUUCCUCUCCCUCUCUGUCUCUAAACCCCUCUCUUCCUCUCUCUCUCUGUCUCUAAACCCCUCUCUUCCUCUCCCUCUCUGUCUCUAAACCCCUCUCUUCCUCUCCCUCUCUGUCUCUAAACCCUUCUCUUCCUCUCUCUCUCUCACCCCGUCUCCUCUUCCAGGGCUAUACAUACGGGGCCCAGCUAGAGAAGAUACUCUCCCUCUCUGUCUCUAAACCCCUCUCCUCCUCUCCCUCUCUCUGUCUCUAAACCCCUCUCUUCCUCUCCCUCUCUCUGUCUCUAAACCCCUCUCUUCCUCUCUCUCUCACCCCGUCUCCUCUUCCAGGGCUAUACAUACGGGGCCCAGCUAGAGAAGAUACUCUCCCUCUCUGUCUCUAAACCCCUCUCUUCCUCUCUCUCUCUGUCUCUAAACCCCUCUCUUCCUCUCCCUCUCUCUGUCUCUAAACCCCUCUCUUCCUCUCUCUCUCACCCCGUCUCCUCUUCCAGGGCUAUACAUACGGGGCCCAGCUAGAGAAGAUACUCUCUCUCUCUGUCUCUAAACCCCUCUCUUCCUCUCCCUCUCUGUCUCUAAACCCCUCUCUUCCUCUCUCUCUCUGUCUCUAAACCCCUCUCUUCCUCUCUCUCUCUGUCUCUAAACCCCUCUCUUCCUCUCUCUCUCUGUCUCUAAACCCCUCUCUUCCUCUCCCUCUCUCUGUCUCUAAACCCCUCUCUUCCUCUCUCUCUCACCCCGUCUCCUCUUCCAGGGCUAUACAUACGGGGCCCAGCUAGAGAAGAUACUCUCCCUCUCUGUCUCUAAACCCCUCUCUCCCUCUCUGUCUCUAAACCCCUCUCUUCCUCUCUGUCUCUAAACCCCUCUCUUCCUCUCUCUCACCCCGUCUCCUCUUCCAGGGCUAUACAUACGGGGCCCAGCUAGAGAAGAUACUCUCCCUCUCUGUCUCUAAACCCCUCUCUCCCUCUCUGUCUCUAAACCCCUCUCUUCCUCUCUGUCUCUAAACCCCUCUCUUCCUCUCUCUCACCCCGUCUCCUCUUCCAGGGCUAUACAUACGGGGCCCAGCUAGAGAAGAUACUCUCCCUCUCUCUGUCUCUAAACCCCUCUCUUCCUCUCCCUCUCUGUCUCUAAACCCCUCUCUUCCUCUCUGUCUCACCCCGUCUCCUCUUCCAGGGCUAUACAUACGGGGCCCAGCUAGAGAAGAUACUCUCCCUCUCUGUCUCUAAACCCCUCUCUUCCUCUCUCUGUCUCUAAACCCCUCUCUUCCUCUCCCUCUCUCUCUCUAAACCCCUCUCUUCCUCUCUCUCUCACCCCGUCUCCUCUUCCAGGGCUAUACAUACGGGGCCCAGCUAGAGAAGAUACUCUCCCUCUCUGUCUCUAAACCCCUCUCUUCCUCUCCCUCUCUGUCUCUAAACCCCUCUCUCCCUCUCUCUGUCUCUAAACCCCUCUCUCCCUCUCCCUCUCUGUCUCUAAACCCCUCUCUUCCUCUCCCUCUCUGUCUCUAAACCCCUCUCUUCCUCUCCCUCUCUGUCUCUAAACCCCUCUCUCCCUCUCCCUCUCUGUCUCUAAACCCCUCUCUUCCUCUCCCUCUCUGUCUCUAAACCCCUCUCUUCCUCUCCCUCUCUGUCUCUAAACCCCUCUCUCCCUCUCCCUCUCUGUCUCUAAACCCCUCUCUCCCUCUCCCUCUCUGUCUCUAAACCCCUCUCUUCCUCUCCCUCUCUGUCUCUAAACCCCUCUCUCCCUCUCUGUCUCUAAACCCCUCUCUUCCUCUCUCUCUCUGUCUCUAAACCCCUCUCUUCCUCUCUCUCUCUGUCUCUAAACCCCUCUCUUCCUCUCUCUCUCUGUCUCUAAACCCCUCUCUUCCUCUCCCUCUCUGUCUCUAAACCCCUCUCUUCCUCUCUGUCUCACCCCGUCUCCUCUUCCAGGGCUAUACAUACGGGGCCCAGCUAGAGAAGAUACUCUCCCUCUCUGUCUCUAAACCCCUCUCUUCCUCUCUGUCUCUAAACCCCUCUCUUCCUCUCCCUCUCUCUGUCUCUAAACCCCUCUCUUCCUCUCUCUCUCUGUCUCUAAACCCCUCUCUUCCUCUCCCUCUCUGUCUCUAAACCCCUCUCUUCCUCUCUCUCUCACCCCGUCUCCUCUUCCAGGGCUAUACAUACGGGGCCCAGCUAGAGAAGAUACUCUCCCUCUCUGUCUCUAAACCCCUCUCUUCCUCUCUCUCUCACCCCGUCUCCUCUUCCAGGGCUAUACAUACGGGGCCCAGCUAGAGAAGAUACUCCCCCUCUCUGUCUCUAAACCCCUCUCUUCCUCUCCCUCUCUGUCUCUAAACCCCUCUCUUCCUCUCUGUCUCUAAACCCCUCUCUUCCUCUCCCUCUCUGUCUCUAAACCCCUCUCUUCCUCUCCCUCUCUGUCUCUAAACCCCUCUCUUCCUCUCUCUCUCACCCCGUCUCCUCUUCCAGGGCUAUACAUACGGGGCCCAGCUAGAGAAGAUACUCUCCCUCUCUGUCUCUAAACCCCUCUCUUCCUCUCCCUCUCUGUCUCUAAACCCCUCUCUUCCUCUCUCUCUCACCCCGUCUCCUCUUCCAGGGCUAUACAUACGGGGCCCAGCUAGAGAAGAUACUCUCCCUCUCUGUCUCUAAACCCCUCUCUUCCUCUCUCUGUCUCUAAACCCCUCUCUUCCUCUCUCUCUCUCUGUCUCUAAACCCCUCUCUUCCUCUCCCUCUCUCUGUCUCUAAACCCCUCUCUUCCUCUCUCUCUCUGUCUCUAAACCCCUCUCUUCCUCUCCCUCUCUGUCUCUAAACCCCUCUCUUCCUCUCUCUCUCACCCCGUCUCCUCUUCCAGGGCUAUACAUACGGGGCCCAGCUAGAGAAGAUACUCCCCCUCUCUGUCUCUAAACCCCUCUCUUCCUCUCUGUCUCUAAACCCCUCUCUCCCUCUCUCUCUCACCCCGUCUCCUCUUCCAGGGCUAUACAUACGGGGCCCAGCUAGAGAAGAUACUCUCCCUCUCUGUCUCUAAACCCCUCUCUUCCUCUCCCUCUCUCUGUCUCUAAACCCCUCUCUUCCUCUCCCUCUCUCUCUCUAAACCCCUCUCUUCCUCUCUCUCUCACCCCGUCUCCUCUUCCAGGGCUAUACAUACGGGGCCCAGCUAGAGAAGAUACUCUCCCUCUCUGUCUCUAAACCCCUCUCUUCCUCUCUGUCUCUAAACCCCUCUCUUCCUCUCUGUCUCUAAACCCCUCUCUUCCUCUCUCUCUCUGUCUCUAAACCCCUCUCUUCCUCUCUCUCUCUGUCUCUAAACCCCUCUCUUCCUCUCCCUCUCUCUGUCUCUAAACCCCUCUCUUCCUCUCUCUCUCUCUGUCUCUAAACCCCUCUCUUCCUCUCCCUCUCUCUGUCUCUAAACCCCUCUCUUCCUCUCUCUCUCUCUGUCUCUAAACCCCUCUCUUCCUCUCUCUGUCUCUAAACCCCUCUCUUCCUCUCCCUCUCUGUCUCUAAACCCCUCUCUUCCUCUCUCCCUCUCUGUCUCUAAACCCCUCUCUUCCUCUCUCUGUCUCUAAACCCCUCUCUCCCUCUCUGUCUCUAAACCCCUCUCUUCCUCUCUCUCUCUGUCUCUAAACCCCUCUCUUCCUCUCUGUCUCUAAACCCCUCUCUUCCUCUCUCUCUCACCCCGUCUCCUCUUCCAGGGCUAUACAUACGGGGCCCAGCUAGAGAAGAUACUCUCCCUCUCUGUCUCUAAACCCCUCUCUUCCUCUCUCUGUCUCUAAACCCCUCUCUUCCUCUCCCUCUCUGUCUCUAAACCCCUCUCUUCCUCUCCCUCUCUGUCUCUAAACCCCUCUCUUCCUCUCUCUGUCUCUAAACCCCUCUCUUCCUCUCUCUCUCACCCCGUCUCCUCUUCCAGGGCUAUACAUACGGGGCCCAGCUAGAGAAGAUACUCUCCCUCUCUGUCUCUAAACCCCUCUCUUCCUCUCUGUCUCUAAACCCCUCUCUUCCUCUCUGUCUCUAAACCCUUCUCUUCCUCUCUCUCUCACCCCGUCUCCUCUUCCAGGGCUAUACAUACGGGGCCCAGCUAGAGAAGAUACUCUCCCUCUCUGUCUCUAAACCCCUCUCUUCCUCUCCCUCUCUGUCUCUAAACCCCUCACUUCCUCUCCCUCUCUGUCUCUAAACCCCUCUCUUCCUCUCCCUCUCUCUGUCUCUAAACCCCUCUCUUCCUCUCUCUCUCUCUCUCUAAACCCCUCUCUUCCUCUCUCUCUCACCCCGUCUCCUCUUCCAGGGCUAUACAUACGGGGCCCAGCUAGAGAAGAUACUCUCCCUCUCUGUCUCUAAACCCCUCUCUCCCUCUCUGUCUCUAAACCCCUCUCUCCCUCUCUGUCUCUAAACCCCUCUCUUCCUCUCUCUCUGACCCCGUCUCCUCUUCCAGGGCUAUACAUACGGGGCCCAGCUAGAGAAGAUACUCUCCCUCUCUGUCUCUAAACCCCUCUCUCCCUCUCUGUCUCUAAACCCCUCUCUCCCUCUCUCUGUCUCUAAACCCCUCUCUCCCCCUCUCUGUCUCUAAACCCCUCUCUCCCUCUCUGUCUCUAAACCCCUCUCUUCCUCUCUCUCUCACCCCGUCUCCUCUUCCAGGGCUAUACAUACGGGGCCCAGCUAGAGAAGAUACUCUCCCUCUCUGUCUCUAAACCCCUCUCUCCCUCUCUGUCUCUAAACCCCUCUCUCCCUCUCUGUCUCUAAACCCCUCUCUCCCUCUCUGUCUCUAAACCCCUCUCUCUCUCUCUGUCUCUAAACCCCUCUCUUCCUCUCUCUCUCUCUGUCUCUAAACCCCUCUCUUCCUCUCCCUCACUCUGUCUCUAAACCCCUCUCUUCCUCUCUCUCUCUCUGUCUCUAAACCCCUCUCUUCCUCUCCCUCUCUGUCUCUAAACCCCUCUCUUCCUCUCUCUCUCACCCUGUCUCCUCUUCCAGGGCUAUACAUACGGGGCCCAGCUAGAGAAGAUACUCUCCCUCUCUGUCUCUAAACCCCUCUCUUCCUCUCUGUCUCUAAACCCCUCUCUUCCUCUCUCUCUCUGUCUCUAAACCCCUCUCUUCCUCUCCCUCUCUCUCUCUAAACCCCUCUCUUCCUCUCUCUCUCACCCUGUCUCCUC